AUCACCAUCUCGCCCCUGGCCAUCAAGGAGCUCCGAGCCGAGACGGGGGCCGGCAUCAUGGCAUGCAAGGCCGCGCUGCGUGAAGCUAACGGCGACGCGCAAGCGGCCUCAGAGGCGCUGCGCAAGAAAGGGCUGGCCAGCGCCGAGAAGAAGGCGGGGAGGGCGGCGGCCGAGGGUGUCAUUGGCGCCUACAUCCACUCCGGCAACAGGACCGGCGUGAUGGUGGAGGUGAAUUGCGAGUCCGACUUUGUGGCACGAGGAGAGGCAUUCUCCGAGCUCGUCGAGAACAUUGCCCUCCAGCUGGUGGCAUCAGGGUCGGUGCAGUACGUCUCCGUCGCCGACAUUCCCGAGGAGGUCAGGCGGCGCGAGGCGGAGAUUGAGGCCGCCAAGGAAGACCUGGCCUCCAAGCCGGAAGCCAUCAGGUCCAAGAUUGUGGCUGGCCGCGUGGACAAGCUGCUGACCCAGCAGACCCUUCUUCACCAGACUUUCAUUAGGGACCCCACCAAGACAGUCGAGGAUGUGGUGAAGGAGCAUGUGUCCAAGCUGGGGGAGAACAUCCAGAUCCGUCGAUUCGCGAGGUUCAACCUCGGCGAAGGUCUCGAGAAGAAGACAUCUGACUUUGCAGCUGAGGUGGCAGCACAGACUGGUGGAAAGGCAUGA